AUGGCCGGCGCCGAGAGCGGCGGCAGCGACCUGGUGCUGCUGGACGUGUUCGGCAGCCCGUACGCGCAGCGCGUGCGCAUCGCGCUGGCCGAGAAGGGCCUGGCGUACGAGCGCGCGGAGGAGGACCUCGCGGCCAAGAGCGACCUCCUGCGGCGCUCCAACCCGGCGCACAGCGGCAAGGUGCCGGUGCUCCUCCACGCGGGUCGCCCCGUCUGCGAGUCCCUCGUCAUCCUCGAGUACAUCGACGAGGCCUUCCCGGCGACGCCGCCGCUCCUGCCAGCCGACCCCUACGCGCGCGCGGGGGGCGCGGUUCUGGGCGGACGGCUGUGGCUGAGGCGCGACGACGGCAAGGAGGAGGCGGAGCCGGAGCCGGAGGCGCGGGCGGAGCUGCUGGCCGUGCUCCGGGCGCUGGACGCCGAGCUCGGUGGCCGGGAGUUCUUUGGCGGGGAGGCGUUCGGGUUCGUCGACGUCGCGGCCGCGCCGUUCGCCGCGUGGUUCCUCACGUACGAGCGCCACGGCCGGUUCGCCGUGGCGGAGGAGUGCCCGGGGCUCGCGGCGUGGGCGGCGCGGUGCGCGCGCCGGGACAGCGUGGCGACCAACGUGUACCCGCCCGAGAAGGUGUACCAGCUCGUCCUGGAGUACAGGCAGUGGGUGCUCGGCCCAAAAUGA